AAAGACAGUAAUGAUAUCUGAUGUUCCGGGAACACGUUGAGUUUUUGAUUUCACGCAAACCGUACGUUCGGUAUGAACAGUAAAUAACCGAAUUGGUGUUCAGUACGAGAUAAAAUUUGUGCGUGGCGCGCGCGGGUGCAUGGAGACAAGUCGAGUAAUUUGAAAAAAUCGAAGUUAGCGCGCGGUGAAGGGCAAUGCGCGAAUGAUUUUCUCCAGGUAGUUUAAAAAUGGCGACUGACAGGUACGCGUUUUCUCGCGUGCACGGCGCCGCGAUAAAGUCAGAAGCGAUGUGAUUUACGUAAAUCUAAAGCCGGGAGGUGUUCGUUCAACCUCUUUGAUCGAAUUUUCUUCAGCGAGAACAUCACAUCGGAGAAACCACGGGAAUUAUGUUACGAUUUUGUCGAUCAAUACGGUGACUUUCUCUCUGCUACGUCGUACUCGGGAGCUUCAGCUCCGCUCGACUCAACUCAACACGACUAAAUUUUCAGCAUUUUUCUCGGCGGUUUUCCGAGCUAGCGAAAAACAAAAGAAAUAAAAAAAAUUAAACGAAUGAACGAACGCGCAAACUACCGCAUUCCACUGGAUCGCGAACGAAUAAGUGAACGAACGAACAAUCGCCUGCCAAUGUUUUUCAAUCUGAAAGAGCAAAUCUUGAUAUUAUGUCACAACGAUGUCUAAUGUUUAUCGCAAAUUUUUAAAAUACCUUGGAAUACAUUCAUGGCUUUGUGAGUGUAAAGGUAAAUAUAGUAGCAAAACUUAUAAGCAUACAGCCAUGGAACAUUCCGACUUGGUAGCAGAAAUGGUGCACGUAGAAAGGUUAACAACACAAGAACGAUUGCAUUUGGCUCGUCAAAGAAGAUUUCAACAAUUGAAAGUAUGGUGUCAACGCGAAAAAGAAUGGCUGCGGCAUCAGACUAGGCAUCCAAGCAACAAACGUCACAUAUACUUUAAUGAUAGUGUUAUGCUCUUAGAAGCUGCAGCAAGAAAUGAUAUUGACGAAGUACGUAGACUUUUAAAAAAAGGGGUAAAUCCAGAUUCAACAAAUGAAGAUGGACUUACGGCUUUACAUCAGUGCUGUAUAGAUGAUAAUGAAGAAAUGAUGAAAUUACUAAUCGAGUUUGGAGCAAACGUUAAUGCAGAAGACAGUGAAAAGUGGACUCCUCUGCAUGCUGCUGCUACUUGUGGUCACCUACAUUUAGUUAAAUACCUUAUUGCUAGAGGUGCUAAUUUAUUAGCUGUUAAUGCAGAUGGUAACAUGCCUUAUGAUAUUUGUGAAGAUGAGAAAACAUUGGAUUGUAUUGAAGGGGAAAUGGCGAGAUGGGGAGUAACUCAAGAAUUGAUAGAUGAAACCAGAGCUUCAAUAGAAGUUCAAAUGUUGAGGGACUUGCAGCAUAUAGCUUCCAUAGGUGGUGAUCUUGAGUACAAAGAUCAUCAAGGUGCUACACCACUUCAUAUUGCAGCUGCUAACGGUUACUUAAGGGUAGUAGAGUUUCUCUUGGAUCAACAUGUUGCAACAGAUGUUGAAGAUAAUGACAGAUGGCAACCAGUGCAUGCAGCUGCAUGCUGGGGACAUCUAGAAGUUCUUGAGUUAUUAGUGCAAAAUGGGGCAGACUUAAAUGCAAAGAAUAAACACGACGAAACUCCAGCAGAUAUUUGUGAAGAUCCAGAGAUAAGGGAGAGGAUAGUAGAACUUAAAACGGAGCAAGAAAGUAAACGAUUGCGUGAAGCACAAGGAAGACGAGUGCGUAGAUCUCAAAGUAUAAAUACACGUACGCAAAGUGUAAGACGAACUUCAAUCAGAGACAAGGUUUUGACCACUAAAAAAGAUGCUCAGGAAGAAGCACGCCUCAGAUUACAAGCACAACAGACAUAUGUUGCCAGUGCAACUGCGAAUGUGCCUCAAACGGAAAAUGACAUUAGUGCACGAGAAAAUUCAAGUAGUGACAUAGAUUCUAAUGCACCACCGUUAGCAGUACGAAAAGCUCCUGAGGGAAAGGAUAAUGAAUCUUUUCUUCAUGAAGACGUCGAUAAAGAAUCAGUUUUCUAUGUCACAUUUCUAUUCCUUUGAACGUACUUCUGAAUGCAGCGUUUACAUUACUUUCGAAUUUCACACAUUAUCGUAUGUUCCGAGAUUUUGAUUCAUAACAUAUUGAACCAUCUCUGUAUGUUGUAUGCAUACAUAAUGUGUUUUCUUCUAUGAAAAUACUUUCUUGGUAUGGAAACUUCAAUAUUACGACAUCGAAUUGUUUAUAGCAAGAGUUACGUCGUAUUUUCCUCUUAGCAUUAUUUUUUACAACUAUUGAUUAGCGUUUAGCAGAGCUUAUUCGCUGUUACACGCAAAAAAAACAUUGCGAUAAUUUAGAUCAAAACGGAAUUUUUGUAAACGUGGUUUUUAUAAUUGAUACAUGUCAGAAUAAACGAAACUUUAACGCACAUUUACAUCACACAAGUAUCGGAUUCCAAGUAUAUGAGUAGAAUUCGGAUAACUCUUGCAUACAGUUCAGAUAUCUUCUGCAUUAAAUUUUUGAGGUAAAUAAAUAAUUAGAGACAUAGCAUUGUAUGACAAUGGAAUUUUCAAUUUUUCAUUCUGCAGUGAAAAAAUUAAAUAGAAUUCGAAUUACACUGCAGUACAUUCAUAACUAGUAUUCAAUGAGCACUUCACAUAUACUUAUUACAUAUCAUAAUAAAGAAUGUUAAUGAAAUAAAAAAGUAUUUCGCAUAUGAAACAUAUCGUACAAUUUCAAUAUUCGUGUUAGGUCUAUAGAGAAGUUCUAUCAUUUAUUUAAAUAGUGAAUUUAUUUAAAAUUAUUUUAUACUGCAAUAUAUAUUUUUAAAGUAUAAAUAAUUUUGAAGUAAGUAGUAUUAAUUAUAAGUUGGAAAUGUAACAUUUUCAUUAACAAAUAUAUUCCUUUUUUCAUUAUUUCAUUCUAUCUGUAAUGGAUACUUUUCUUUAACAAACGGUUAAGACAGAUAUAAUACAAAAUUUUAUAAAGGGAAAUGUUUUUUUCUUCUUAAAACAUUAUUUUAUUCUAUUUUUUAAUGCAUAUAAUAAUAAUUGUUACAUUAAUUUAAAGUUUCUACAUUUAAUAUAAAGGUGAAAAUUGCAGAAUAAAAAGGGAUAGAACUUGUUCAAAGACCUAACGUAUUGUUUGCGUUAAUAACAAAACUGCAUUCAUUCAUUGUUAGUUACUUACGCGCGCAAUGUGUCUUCUUGUCUUUUAGUUUGGUCUUUAAACGAUAAAAUCGUUACGAGGUCAGUUGUGUCACCGCAUUAAAUUAUUUUACUUAUUAAUAUCAUACAAUCAUUGAAUUCCUAAUAUAAAUUCCACAUCAAAUCGAUCAAACUGGUUCAACAUUUUCUAUGUAAUUGUCAAUUAUAUUUUUCUUAAUUGAAAAAUAGAAAACAAUAUAUUUUGUAGUGAUUUGUACCUAAUUUUACAAGUUAAUGUGAUUACAGCUGACUUAAAUUUUUGUAUGCUAUAGAGAAGUAAAUUUGUAAACUUUAGAUAAGCAAGUUUAGUUCAUUUAUUAUUAGAAAAUUUGAUAAAGGAUAUAAUUGUUAAAGUACUGACAUUGAAUCUGUGAUUAAUUUGCUAUUUUUAAAUGUGGUUUAGUAUACUAUAUUGUACUAUUUAUAAUUCUUGCUGUUAUUGUUUUAAUAAAUUUUAUGUAAGUUAAAAUUAGUAACACAUGUGGUUGAUUUGAGAUGGUAUUAAUUUAUUAUAAUGAAAAAUAUAUUAUUUGGACAUCGACACAGCUCAGAAUGAUAUUACAUUACAUUUCAAGGAAAUAUGAAGUAAGUGAUCUCAAUGUUCCAGAGAAUUCAACUGUUGUGUAUGCUUUAUAUGUAUAUUUUCCUACAUGCAAGGAGUUCGCUGCAUACCAAUACCGCUUUCUAAAUUAAAUCUUCGAUUUCGAAUAAAUUGAACUUAAAUUGAUAACCUAGAAGAUUUAGUUUAGAAUCUGACAGAGUGAAUCGCAAAAGUUACAUUUUUAAUUUUUCGGAAUAAAGGGAGAACAGAUUGUUGAAAUUUAUUAUCCUUUCUUCCGGAAGUGAAAGAUUUGGAAAAUUGAUAGUAAGUGUAACGAAUCCUUAAUGGAACACAGAAGGUGAUGGUGGUGUCCAUGUAGGUACAUGUAGAAUAGAGUAAUAAAAUCAUGAUAUUUUGUUCUGCAAUGUUAUCAACGCUUUUAUCGCUAAAGCAUGUGACGCUUGGCGCAUGGCCGCUAGUUAAUACUAGUCGAGUUUUUGUUUAAAGUACCGUUUCAGUGUAUAAGAAGGGGGAUUAGGUGGAGGGUUACACAAGGUGAAAGAUGACAAGUGAAAAGGGAAAGAAAUUAAGCGCGAAUCACGAAGGAAAGGAAGUAGCGUUGGAUUUACAUGUUUGCCUGGUAGUGACAGGGUCCGACUUACCGGUCGGUAAUCAGCAGUCGAUCUACGCACCGGACCGCGACACCAAUGGCAAGAUCAACAUUCACGUCUCGGUAGUUUUUGUCAAAUCGUUAUCCGAUUUGAAAAAACAAAGGGCGCAGAAUCGACACAUAUCCA